AUGUUUGGUAAUAUCCUGGUAAGCAGACAUCAAUGGGAGAACAAGGAGGAAACUCCUAUGCCCAAAGACGUACCUGAUGUUGACGAAGUCGGAGCCACUUCAGCACCAUUACUAUCGGCGUCAUUCUUUAUUGGAGACAGGUGUAAACCAUACAACGACGACUUUAUGUUGUGCAAAGAUGAACACAAUGGAGGUGAAAUUGAUUGUUUAAAAGAAGGGAGAAGAGUCACGAGAUGUGCCAUUUCAGUGUUGAAAGAUAUCAAUAAACAUUGCUUUGACGAGUUCAAAUUGCAUUACGAAUGCUUGGAGCAGAAUAACCAAUACUUUAGUCGUUGUCGUGCGAGCGAAGGCGUGUUGAGCAAAUGUGUUUUUGACAAAUUGGGAUUAAAGAAAACAGUGCCAGGCGUGGAAACACAGAUCCAAGAAAAAAAGAACCCAAUCUACAAAGUUGACCCAAAGGAUGUUCGUUUGACAAAUGCAUACUUGAAAAAAUCAGAGUCAGAGAGCAGCUGA